AUGGGUUAUAGCUGUAAACUUGAUCGCAGAGGAAUACAGGUGAAUGGGGAGUCUGGUGACCCUGGAAAAAGGAAGUCAUACUUACCCUUGGAGAAACAGAUUUUGAUUACGAGAAACGAGAAAAGUACCUUGUCUACGGAGAGAGCUGCAUCUGUGGCAGAGGAAUAUGAAGCUGCUGGACGAGAAGUGUUGGUUGAUGAUGAAGAUGAUGAUGGUUGGCUGGCUACACACGGGAAACCGAAAGAUAAAGGUAACGAAGAUGAGAACUUGCCGUUCAUGUAUGCGCCCUUGGAUACAAACGAGAAAAGCGGUAUACGAUCAAUACCAGCAUAUUUUGGAGCUGAGAAAGAGGAUGAUGAUAUUUCAGAUAUGGAAGAGUUUGAUGAAGCUGACAAUGUGGUGGGAAUGAUACGAUGUGUUUCUUUUGUUCAUUGGUCUUUGAUGAAUGCCUUUUAA